AUGGAGAUGCCCAGUGAAGAGGUUUACGCGAAAGCUGAAGAAUACUGGGCAAAAACCGCGUCGGAUGUGCAGGGAAUGCUCGGAGGUUUUGAGAAGCUUCACGUACCUGAUAUCAACGACUCCAAGGCUUUUUUAACUGCUUUACGGAACUCUGUAAGUUAACUUUUAUUAUUUUUGUUAUUUUUAGGAAAACUGAUGUUUUGGAAGUGGAAAAAUAAUUUUUUUGAAUAAUAAUGAGAACAAUGUUGAUUGAUUUGGAUCUUUUUAUAUCAAAAAAGUCUUUUGUUUUAAAUUUUUUGAUAUUUUUUGUCAGAAGUUGGGUUAAACUUUCAAUUUGUUAUAGAAACUAAAACAACAUGUUUUCUUAAAAAAUUGAGCAUUUUUAACCAUUUGAGCUCAAAUUGUAAUAUUUACAUUCUAGGGUCAUUUAACCUCAUUUGACACGGUUUUGGAUUGUGGUAGUGGAAUCGGAAGGAUAACCAAGCAUCUUUUGUUACCUAUGUUUAAACGAGUUGAUAUGGUUGAUGUUACGGACAAAUUUAUAGAACAAUCUGAAAAAUAUAUAGGUGCUAAUAACAAUAGAGUUGGACAGAAGUUUGUGGAAGGUCUCCAGACUUUCGAACCGUUGGAAAAGACGUACGAUGUGAUAUGGAAUCAAUGGGUUUUGAGUCAUUUGACCGAUGACGAUUGCUUGGAGUAUUUUAAACGAUGUGUGGUAUGAUUUUAAAUUUGUUUUUGAUUUUUAGGUAUAAAAUAAGUCUUAACUUUAUUCGGAAAUGUGCUUAAAUUAUAAUUACUUAAAUAAUAUUUGUUGCUGCAUGAUUAUUUUUUUGUUAUUAAACUAUGAUAAUUAAAAUUAUGACAACAUUACUUUAGGAAGGCCUAAAACCGGACGGAAUAAUAGUUGUGAAAGAAAACCUAACUUCAUCAAUAACUCGGGACUUUGAUAAUGAAGAUCAUAGCUGGACUAGGACAAAGGACGAGUUUCUACAACUGUUUAAAGAUGCCAACUUGAAUGUUUUUAUGGAUAGAAGACAGAAGAAUUUUCCGAAAGGCAUGUACGAAGUUAGAAUGUGGGCUUUGAAGCCGCAGAAGCCUGUUUGAUCUGUGUUUUGUUAAUACAUUUGUUACUCUUUGUUAACAUUUAAUUUUUAUGUAAAACAUUGUUAUGUUUGAAUAAAUUUAUAGGAUUUUAGAUAAUUCAUUAUAUUGCAGUAGAUUGGUUAUAACCAUAAUUAUUUGACUUGAUAGUUUAAUGAAAUUUAAAGUUGUGUGUUUUUUUCUGAUGUCAUUUAAUAGUUUAAGAUUUGCUAUUUAAAAAUUUAACUUUAGGAUGAUAACGGCGCUGAAAAAGAAGUUCGGCGGUCCGCCAAGUCCGAACCCUCAGGGCGUGCGAACAAAACCGGGUAUAAAUGUUAUCAAGAACGAUCUUCAGAGACGAUACGCGAACGGUGUCAAUUUUAAUAGUAAGUUUGGGAGGAUUUUCAUUAACUAUAUUCUCUAUGCCAAAUUUGAUUACAAUCUUAUAUUACUCAUGUUUUUAGUGAAAGUAGUGAUAAGAGGUGAUAGAAACGUUGGCAAGACCUGCUUGUUCAAACGACUACAAGGUCAACAAUUCUCUGAUGAGUAUGUGCCGACAGAUGAGAUCCAGGUAUCUAAUAUCAUGUGGAAUUACCGGUGUUCAGACCUUAUAGUCAAGGUUGAUGUAUGGGAUGUUGUGGAUGAAAGUAGAAGGAGAAAACAGAAGUCAGCUGGUCUAAAACUGGAUAAUGGGCCUUCUGAUAGUAAAAUUGAUAGUAAUGGCCCUGAGGAUAUGGUAGGUUUUAUGUUUUUACGUGUUAUAAGUUUGCAGUAACUUUUAGUUGUUAAAAAAAUCAAAAAACGUUUUACAGCAUUACAUAAACCUGAUUUUAGAUGGUAUGUGACGCCACCUUCCUGGAUGUAUACAAAAACUGUAACGGGGUUCUAUUAAUAUUUGACAUAACAAAAGCAUGGACCUUCAAAUACGUAAAAGAAGAACUAAAUCGUAUACCUUCUCAUUUACCAGUACUAGUACUGGCUAACAAGAUUGAUCUGGCCGAUAAACGAGAAGUUACUGAGGAGGAAAUUACCGUAUACUUCCAAGGAUUCAAAAGGAAGCCACCUCAAAAUGGAAAGCUAAAAGCACCUGUCAGGCUGGUACAAUCGUCGAUGAAAAACGCGAAUGGACUCAAGUACUUGUACAACUUCUUGAACAUUCCCUUCUUGUAUGUACAGGUAGGUGACAGUUCUAGAGACAAUUUCCGUUGAACGUAUUUUUGUUAUUAUGGCCUAGAAAUAAAGAAAAAACGUUUUUAGUUAACAAAAGCCUAAUUUUGACUUUUUUUUAGCGUGAACAACUCGAAAGCUCAUUAGAAGCCAACAAAGACGAUAUUAAUGUAGCUCUCAUCGAGCUGGAUCAAUUCCAAUCAGCCUCGAACUCCCCAUCCCAUCAGCAGAAACCAAUCGUGCCAAACCAAGAAUUGGUAGAACGAGAGGAAACGGCGGAUGGAACGCCCAAACUUGACAGAAGGAACUCGAUUAGUAGUGGGUCUGGGUAAGGGUUACAAGUCAUUAAAUAGGCCUUUGAUAGCCGGCGUUCUUGGAUUUAAAUUCUAUAAAUUAAAAAUUUUUUGGAAAAAAAUUUUUUGUAUGUCUUUUUGUGACAAAACUUAUGUUUCAGUGACGAAAACAAGAUGGUAGACACGUUCGAAGAGGACUUCAACUCGGACAACGACGAUUUUCCCGAAACCUCGCUCAAUUUUCAACAAGAAAUCCAAGAACCUCAAGAAAAGAUCGAAUUCAACGGAGAAGUAGCCAAGAAAGAAGAACAAAACCUAGAAAAUAACCUGAAUUGUUGGCUAGACACUCAGGAAAAUAACAUAAAACAACAAGAAACCAAGAAGGAAGACAGUUCAGACGAGGACAGCAAUCCAUUGGUGGCUCAAGUCGAAGGAGCUGACAGUGAUUCGGACGAGGAAGAUGUUGUCAUAGAGAAUAUACUGAAGGCAAGGAGAGAGAGUAGAUCUGUCGCGGAGAAACAGGAAGUUAGUGUAAGUUUAGUUUAUGUUUAGGUAAUAAAAGUUUUGUUUUAAAAAUAAAUUUUAAGUUUAAAAAUUAAGUAACUCUCUAGUAUUAUUGAUUUUAUAUUUGUAUUUUAAUUAAAAACGACUUCUUUUAGGCCCCGAAACCUAAAACAACAGCAUUGGACGACUUUUUGAACGAUAACAAGGUAAAACCAGAGAGUAUAGCUGUAGCUCCAACUGAAGAGUCGAAAAAUGAAAAGAAAAAGAAAAAAACAACGAAGACAAAGAAGAACAAAGAGAAGAAGAAUGACAUGAUGGUAGAAGAUGACCCAGAUGACCUAGAAGUCGGAGAUUAUGAAGCUCUGUAA